CAUCUGCACUGCAAGGGGAGGCGGCUCUGAGCGCGGUGCGGGGCUGCGGGCAGCUCCCGGCCUCUCCCUGCUUUCUAGGGCCACUCCGUGCCUUCUAGGGCCGCUCCUUGCCUGCUGCACCGAGAGCCUCGCAAGCUUCUUCUGCGUUUUUCGUCCCGCUCUGUGUUGGCCCGAAAUGGCGCAAGAAGAGGAGAAAGGGAUUCCGGUGAAGGUGGCGUUGCGCUGCCGCCCGCUGGUGCCGAAGGAGACGAGAGAGGGCUGCAAGAUGUGCCUGAGCUUCGUGCCCGGGGAGCCGCAGGUGAUCGUGGGGAGCGACAAGGCCUUCACUUUCGACUACGUGUUCGACCCGGCGGUUGAGCAGGAGGAGGUCUUCAACACCGCCGUCGCUCCGCUCUUACAAGGCAUCUUCAAAGGAUAUAAUGCUACUGUCCUGGCCUAUGGGCAGACAGGGUCUGGAAAAACAUACUCUAUGGGAGGUACUUAUACUGCCAGUCAGGAGCACGAUCCCAACAUGGGGGUUAUCCCUCGUGUAAUCACGCAGCUGUUUAUGGAGAAAGAGCAGAGGCAGGACUGGGAAUUCGUCCUCAAAGUCUCUUAUUUGGAGAUCUACAAUGAGGAAAUUCUUGAUCUCCUGUGCUCAUCGAGAGAACGGUCUCCUCAAAUCAAUAUACGAGAGGAUAAUCAAAGCAUAAAGAUAAUAGGGUUAACAGAAAAAAGGGUCACCUGUGCACAAGAUACCGUGUCCUGCUUAGAACAAGGGAACAAUUCCAGGACUGUGGCCGCCACAGCAAUGAACUCCCAGUCCUCACGUUCCCAUGCGAUCUUCACCAUUUCCAUUGACCAGAAAAAGAAAAAUGAUAAGAACAGCAGUUUUAGCUCCAAACUACACCUCGUUGAUCUGGCUGGAUCUGAGAGGCAAAAGAAGACCAAGGCUAAAGGAGACCGGCUGAAAGAAGGUAUCAACAUUAACAGAGGUCUCCUUUGCCUGGGGAAUGUUAUUAGUGCUCUUGGUGAAGAAAAUAGGAAGGGUGGUUAUGUCCCCUACAGAGACUCAAAGUUAACAAGAUUACUGCAAGAUUCUCUGGGUGGUAACAGCCACACUCUAAUGAUAGCCUGUGUAAGCCCAGCAGAUUCCAACUUAGAAGAAACUCUGAACACUCUACGCUAUGCUGACAGGGCAAGAAAAAUAAAAAACAAACCAAUUGUCAACGUUGAUCCCCAGGCGGCAGAGGUGCUUCAACUAAAGCAGCAGGUACAACAGCUGAAGGUGUUACUGCUGCAGACCCAUGGAGGGACUCUCCCAGAGUCUAUCAACGUGGCACCUUCGGAGAACUUGCAGUCUCUGUUGGAGAAGAACCAGUCUCUAACGGAAGAGGUUGAAAAGCUGAGCAGAGGGCUGAGUGAAGCUGUUGGUCAGACAGCACAGAUGCUGGAAAAGCUCAUUCUGAAAGAGCAAGAAAGUGAGAAGAUGAGUGUCAGACUAGAGCAACUUCAGCGGCAUGCUGCGCUCAAGCUUGACCUCCAGAAGAUGGUGGAGACUGUGGAAGAUGAGGAAGUGAAAGAAAACUUGGAGGUGCUCUGUAAUCUGCUGCAAUUGUUGACUCAAUUCCUGGCUGAAAGUGCUGCCACAGAGGAAGCUGCUGCAGAGAUGGCAAGCCCAGAACAGGGUGCUACUGGUGAAACAGAAGCAAACCAGGUUACCAAGAGAUCCUCUGGUGACUUUAGCACGCAGCAUGCCCUCCGUCAAGUACAGAUGUCUAAAGAACUGGUUGAACUGAAUAAAGCCCUGGCUAUGAAAGAAGCACUUGCAAAAAAAAUCUCGCAGGAUGAGAGUCAGUUGGAGCCCAUUCAGUCCCAGUUCCAGACAAACAUCAAGGACCUGGAAUCAGAAGUCAGCAAUUUGCAAAAAGAAAAGGAGGAGCUCAUCCAGAGCUUGGCAAAGAAGGAUGCCAACCAAGCCAAGCUGAGUGAACGGCGUCGGAAAAGACUUCAGGAGUUGGAAGGGCAAAUUAAUGAGCUAAAGAAAAAGCUGAAUGAACAAGCAAAGCUCCUGAAGUUGAAAGAAUCCUCAGAACACACAGUCUCCAAACUGAACCAGGAGAUCAGGGAAAUGAAAAACCAAAGGGUACAGCUGAUGCGCCAGAUGAAAGAGGAUGCUGAGAAAUUCAGACAGUGGAAACAAAAGAAGGACAAGGAAGUGACCCAACUGAUACAACGGGAUCGCAAAAGGCAAUAUGAGCUACUGAAGCUUGAGAGAGACUUUGAGAAGCAGGCCAGAGUUCUUCGGCGCAAAGCAGAAGAGGCUGCAGCUGCUAACAAACGCCUGAAGGAUGCUCUGCAGAAGCAACGGGAGGUUGCAGAGAAACGGAAGGAGGGUCAGAACCGGGGAACGGAAGGUGCUGAUGCCCGAAUGAAGAGCUGGCUGGCAAAUGAAAUAGAGGUAUUGGUUAGUACUGAAGAGGCUCGCGAGCACCUUGCAGGCCUGCUGGAGGACAGGAAGAUGUUGGCAGAGGAUCUCCUUCAGCUUAAAGAGAUGCAAGUCUCUGAGGAAAACCUACCCACAAAGAUCCGGAGGCGAACCUACAGCGUCAGAGAUUUGAGGGGAACAGGGAUGGACUUUUCUUUAUCAAUGCAGAUAGAAAGGCUAGAAACUGAGAUGGACCUCAGGAGUGCCCAAAUAGCAGACCUGCAGCAGAAGCUCUUAGAUGCAGACAAUGGUGAUCGUGUGAAACAAUGUUGCGACAAUAUUGGGACGGUUCCAGAAGCUAGACGUGCUGUGAAGUAUCUCCUUGGGGAGCUGGUUUCCUCCAAAGUCCAUGCAAGCAAACUGGAGAGCAGCAACCAGCUGUCUGAUGCCUGCAUUUCAGACAUGAAUAAGUUGCUGCUUGAAGAGCGAAGCCAUGGAAUAGAAGUUGAGGCUGAAUUAGAAAAACAAAUUCUGCUGCAGGAGCAACAGAAGCAGGAGAUUCUGUGUCUUCUCAGUCAAGUUCAGGAGAAAGAAGCAUCAGAGAAAAGACUGGAAGAUGAGCUCAAGUUUAAGGACGAAGAGUUGGAGAAAAUGAGGGAGAAGAACCAAGAACUUACCCAGAAAAUUGAUAUUCUUGAACAGCAAAAGACUCGUCGGCAAGCAGUGGCAAAACCACGUGAACCAACCCCAGAAAUGGAAGUGAAAGAGGGGUUUUCUGAGUCAGGAGAGUCUGGAGAGGAGGAGGAUGAAGAGUGGGCUCCAGUGAAAGCAGUCAGAAAAGCAAAGAAGAGUGUGACAGGGUGCUUCUGCAAGGGCCAAUGUGGGAACAGGCAGUGUGGCUGCAGGAAGCAGAAGGUGAGCUGCACCGCGGGCUGCAACUGUGACUCAACCAAUUGCAGAAACAGAGAGCCUGGCCCUCAGGGUGCCGCCAUGUGUGAGGACCAAACAAAAGACUCGGAAGGUUCCUUCAAACUGGAAGACCUCCCUGAUGUGACUGCAGGAGAGACCUUCUUUAAGCCCGUCUAUGUCCCUCCGAAUAUGACGGUCCUGAAUGAUAUCACAGACCAAGAUGUGUCCAUGAAGCUCAGCACUUCUACAGGGAAGCAGGAGAGGGAUGAGGAGUCCCAGAAGAACCAGUUUCCAUUCAAGAGAAAGAAGAGAAUGCUCAAUAGCAAUACCAGCUUCUUCGCAGGUUGUACCCCGAUCAAAGAGGAGUUUAAAUGAUGGGCCUCAACUGGAACAGAGGUUGUGCUUCACUUGUUUACACUAUGGCUGCUGGUGUCUUUGUUGUUUUUUAAUGAUAAAAGGAUUGGAAACUCCUGCUGCAGAAUUGGCCCAUGGACUGUCCUGCCUGACAGCUGCUGGCAUCAGCAAGGGAGUCAAACACUAAUUCCUACUAGGAUCAGAUACUGUCCAAUUCUAUGUAUGGUAUUUUGACACGUGGGGCUCAAAUGUUCUACUGGGACCAUGGUGAGAAACUUCGGUCUUCAGAAACUGCAGAGAGAGUGUAGGUGGUUUAUCCAGGUUGCUCAUUUACAACUGCCUUCCUUGUGCAGAGCUGUGAACAUGUUAGGUACAGAUUAAUCCAUCAUCUUGAAAGAAUUCUGUGUAUGCACUGGAAGUGUAGGCAUUGGCUUCUAAUACGAUUAGAGGAACCAUUCUGAGCUGCCACACGAAAUCAAAUGGUCAUUGAUGGCGAGGAGGCUCUAUCUGUAGUCUUAAAGCAGCGAGCAGAGGAGAAAUGCUCGUGUUCCUGGACCUGCUGAAGGCACUGGUGUGUUCUUGGUGGGUUAAAUUAGAAACUUGCUAGCUGUAUGUAAUGUUGUACUGGCUUUUAAUUUCUUAUUGUUGAUUUAAUAUUAAGAUUUUCUUGUUGUUGACUUAAUAAAGAUGAUACUGAAACUGCC